AUGCCAGACUCAGGAAGUCCAUCUUGUCAAGAAGCUCUAACGAGCCAAGCCACCACACCAGUACAUAUGAUACAGAAACAUCCUAACGUGUUCUAUGAUGUAGAAAUUGAAAGACUGGCUGAUGAAGUUUACAGGAAUAUCAAUCCUUCAAAUGGUGUUCGAGAAAUUCUAUGUUGGGAUUUUGCUAGGACAGACUCCUUCACUAGGGACACUACAUUUGAAGAUAUACUCAAGAUUCUGAAGAUGCAGCUCCCAGGCACAACUCAUGACCUUGAUGUUAAAGAUGCUGCUAAAGAGAAAUACAGUCUACAAUGGCUUUGCUACAGUAAGGGUGAUUCCAAGGAACAUAAAGUCAUUCUGAAGAAAUUAAAUGCCAAUUCUCAACCCACAGGCGAAACUAUAACUGGAACAGACGAAUUUGAAACCAAUGCAUGUUAUAGAGCUAGAAAGCAGCUGCAAGAUAAGUUGCAUAAGAAAUUCAAAUUCUAUAGAGACAGGGUAGUAGACUGA